CUUGUUCUUUUAUCAUCUCAAAAUCCCAUUAACGACUCCAUAGUUUCAGCAAUACAGCUUUCUCCCUUCUUCUAAUGCUCGAACAUGAACCGAUAAAAAAGAAAGAAAGAAAAAAGUAAACAGAAGCUGCUGCAAGAUUAGAGAAGCUUCAAUUUUUGUAGUACUCUGCCCCCUUGAACUUGAGGCAGAUCUGUUUCUAAAUCAUCUAAAGAAAAAAGAAAAGGAAGUUGAUGGGGACAAACAAAUUGUUGUCUUGGUUUGCAGUUUUCUUCUUUUUGUUGGGUUUUUCUGCUUGCAAAUCAAUAUCGGAUGGUGUUUUCAGCUCUUUCACUUUUACUGGAAGGAAUCUCCUUAAACCAGAAAGCAUGCCCUGUUAACUUUGAGUUCCUGAACUACACAAUCAUCACAAGCCGAUGCAAAGGACCCAAGUUUCCACCUGGAAGCUGCUGUUCAGCGUUCAAGGAUUUUGCUUGUCCUUGUGCAGAACAGAUCAACGACUUGACGACCGACUGUGCUUCGACGAUGUUCAGCUACAUUAAUCUUUACGGGAAAUACCCUCCAGGCCUUUUUGCCAGCGAGUGUCGUGAAGGGAAACUAGGGCUUGCUUGCCCCGCCUUAUCACCGUCAGCAUCGGAGAACGCCAGCGGCAGUCAGCAGCUGAUAAGUAAUCUACUGAUGCUGGUGAUGGCCACAGCCAUAGCCGCAGCUAUCUUGUUGUGAAAGCCUGGAAAUGAAUUCCAGAUCACUCCAUUGGUUUAUUUAUAUAUAUUUUCCCACUUUUAACAUUGCAAAGAAGAGUUACAGUGUUCUCAUUUCAUCCAUCAGCUUUGUUCUUGGUGCAUGCUUUUUAUUUGUAUUUUCAUUUUGUGCCGGCGUACAUCAUAAUUAUAGUAAUUUAAUUUAAUUUAAUUAUUUUACUUUUGA